GAAGACGACCCGGGCACAGAGCAAGCUGUCAUCUUCUUGCAGCAGCUGCUACGUGGCCGCGCAAUUCAGGCUAUGAUGCAUGAGGGUCGGUGCAAGCGCCGCGAAUUGAUAAAUGAGCUGCGUUCGACACAUGCCCUGUUAGCAGAUGAACAGGCCGAGGUCAGCAGAAAGGCAGUAAGCAUUGCUGCAUGUCAAGAGGAGCAAAAGGAGCUAUUACACCAAGAGAACCUGAUCAGUCAGCAACUCGAACAGCUAGCCUCGAACACGCUGGCGGAUAUGCUGAAUUUUUUAAGCAAAGAAUUGGAUCGUCUGAUCUGGGAACGGCGAGUACACGCUGUCGCAAUGUUGGCUGAACGCGCCAGACGAAUGCGGGAGGCAGAGGAAAGCGGUCAGCGACAAGAGGAGGAAAGACGCCGUCGGGAGCACGAUGAAAUGUUUAAGCAGGUGAAAUGGGUGUUGACGCCCGCUUGUAAUCGAUGCAUUCAAUUAACUUAG